AUGGAAGGUAUAAAAAUGCGUAAAAAUCUUUUAUGUGAAAAAAUUCAUUUGUCCGAAAAAGAAGUUAUUGUUCAUAAAGCAUAUCGAUUCUUCUCUUGCGGCGAUAAUCUUCUCUCCCAAAUAUUUGCAGCUGCGCACCGUAAAGAAGAAUUAAUUAUUGAUUGGUCAUAA